AUGGGCGGUGGCACUUCACUGUGGGCAUCUCCAGAAUGGAAGAAUGACCCUAAAGAGAUCUUUAACCGGAAACUUCUUCUUCUUGGCGUUACCAUUGCCAUGGCGGGUUGCUCCUACGGUUUCGAUCAAGGAAACAUCGGUGGUGUCAUGACAUUUGUCUCUUUUCGAAAGGCCAUGGGAUUUGACGACCUGCAACCAUCAGAGGUGGACCAACGAGAGGGAAAUAUUGCUGCUAUGUUGGCCGCAGGUGGCUCAGCCGGUGCAUUGCUCGCAGCACCAUGUGCCGAUUUCCUGGGAAGGAAGAGGUCCGUGACAAUCAUGUCCGGCUUGUUUUUGAUCGGAUGUGCCAUGCAAGAAGUGCCUCAUUUGAACGUGCUGUACGCUGGAAGACUCCUGGCUGGCAUCGCGAUCGGUGCGACCUCAAUGUUAGCGCCUCAGUAUCUCGCAGAAAACUCGCCAAAGACUAUUCGAGGUUCUCUCACAACAUCUUACAACCUCAUGAUUGUACUGGCGCUCUGCCUGGCCUUUUGGGUCAACUACGGGGUGAGCUUGUGGCCUGAGCAGAACCCAAACGAUAACACUUCUUGGCAAUUGGCUCUGGGUAUUCAAUUGAUACCAGGAUUCUUUCUCUUCUGUCUUAUCUGGUUUGUGGUCGAAACUCCCCGUGCUCUCAUCUCGAAAGGAAAGAAAGAUCGCGGACUAGAAAACCUUUGCAAGCUACGAGGCCUGCCAGCGGAUCACCCCUAUGUUCACCAAGAAUACAUGGAGAUCAAUGCCCAGGCCGAAUAUGAACAAAGCCAAUACAAAGGCUACAACUACAUUGCCGUUUUCAAGGAUAUUGGCACGAAUGCCAGCAAUCGGCGUCGCUUCUUCCUCGCCGUCAUGUUGUUUAUCUUCCACAAAGGCACAGGAACAGAUUCGCUAAAUUACUUCGCACCUGAGAUUUUCGCCAUGAUCGGCGUGCCUCGUGGCUCCAGCUCUCUGUUGACUGUUGGCAUCUAUGGUCUUGUCAAGUUGGUUGCGACAGUGAUUUACGUCACUCUCAUUGUUGACCGCGUUGGACGGCGCCUUCCACUUAUGAUCGGGGCAACAAUUCAAGCCUGCGCCAUGCUUUACAUUGGGCUUUUCAUCCGCUUUGCCAGUCCCGAGGCUGGUGGUGGUACCUCAGCUGGCGGCUACGUUGGAAUCAUCUGGAUUUAUCUUUACGCUGUCGGAUGGUCUUUUGGUCACUGUGUGGCUCCGUACGUUGUUGCUGCUGAAAUCUUUCCGGCUCGUAUCCGAUCGGUCUGCAUGUCGUUCUGUCUGUUCACCAACUGGAUUGUGAACUAUGGUAUCACUUCUGCAACGCCCCACAUGAUGCGCACUAUGGGCUACGGAACCUUUCUCUUCUUCUCUGUCAUCACGUUCAUUGGUGUCGGUUUCGUUUACUUCUGUUUGCCCGAGCUGAAGGGCAGGAGCAUGGAGUCUAUGGACGACCUCUUCUCGCAUUCGCUGUGGUCGAUGUUCCGGCGGGUGUAUCCUACGAGCGAUGAACUGGUACGUCACGAUGUUCAGGAACAGCUUGCUCGAGAGGAUAAGAAUGACGGCACGCACGUUUCGAUGGUUGAAGAACAGGAGGCGGGGAAGCGGGUAUAG